AUGAGCUCGAGCGCACGAACGAACUCGUCCACGAGCCGCAGUUCGUUGCCUCAUGGCGGCGGUGGAUCUCGACGCUAUCGCCGUGUAGCACAUACACCUCAGGUGGACGACACGCUUUUUGGUGAGAAGAACCAACUACUCAAGAACCGCAAGAAUGAUCGCACGCUUCAAGCUGGAAGGGAUAUCGUUGGGACCCAUUCAAAUACUCCAUCCAACCAAGAAACGGUGGAACAGGAAAGCAAGCCGACAUUUGAUCGUCAUUGCACUAAACGGACAGGAAAGAGAAUGGUGACCAAGAAACCGAUCGUGGUCUUACCCGAGGACGAACUGGAACGCAUCAAAGCAGAGACGAAAAUUCUGAAAGCUGCCGAUUUGGAGGCGCUAGAAGCCAAGCGUGAGGCGGAUCAGGAGCACCAACGCUUGACAUCAAAAGCUCGAAAGGAGCACAUGUUAAAGCUCAGUGAAGAGGCAGCCCUGCGAGCUCCGAAGAGUGAGAUUGAGCAGAUCUUCUCAGCCGAGAAACAAGAGAUUUUGCGUCGUGCUCGAGUACUGAAAGACCAGAUGCACGACAGUGUAAAGUUGAUGAAGACACUGGGGACUCGGGCCCAAGCCUUCACGAUCCGUGACCAGCAGCUUAAGGUGAAGAAGGAGCUGGAAGAAGAACAUCACGUUUACGAUGAAAAGAUGAAUACUUUGAUGGAGAUCGAGCGUCUUGAAAGUCUCAAGCGACAAGAAGAUCGAGAUGAGGAGAAGAAACAGAAGAGAUAUGCUGAUCGUAAAGUCCUGGAAGACCAGAUCGAAGAUCGUCGGCGUCAACGUCAGAAGGAGAGCGAGAUCGUCGCUCAGGAAGCACAAGAAAUGUUGGCAAAAAUCCAACGCCAACAAGAAGAAGCAGCUGAGAAAGAGAAGGCGAAAGCUUUGCGUGCUCAACGCUCCAUGGAAGAGAUCAAGAGGUUCAACGAGGAUACACUGAUGCGCAAGCAGGAGGUGCUACGCAAGAUUAAAGAAGAGGAAGAUGCCGUGUAUGCGUAUCAAAUGAAGAAGGCGGAGGAUCUCAAGCAACGUGAAGAAGAGGAGGCUCAGAGACGACAUGAAGCUGAACUACGCUGCGCCAAGUUGCGUUCAAUGCAGGAGAAAAUGGCCAACGAGAAGGCAGAACUUGACGAGUUGCGUGCCAAACGAGCUGCUGAAGCGCGUGAACGACAAGCUCGUGAAGCCGACUUGGCUUUGGCCAGGAAGCACAAGGAGGAGAUGGAGGAACUUCGACGAGCUCGCGAGGCUCAGGCGCUGCAUCGUGAACGUGCUCGCGUUAAAGAGGCGACGUUGCAGCAGCGAGAAUACGAUUCGAUCAUGGUGCAGGUCGAGUCGGACAAGGCUCGGGUUAAGGAGGAGGACGAAAAGCGCAAGUUGGCCAGUAUGGCUCAUCGUCGUGUGCUGCAGUCACAGAUCGAAGAGAAAGAGCGCUUGAAGAAGCUCGCUUUUGUCAAGAAGCAGGAGGAGGGUCAAGCACUCAAGGAGGAAUAUGCAAAGGAGUUGGAGAAGUUGGAGAGGAUCCGGAUGGAGGAGGUGGGCGAGCUGGUGGAGGCUGGGGUGAAUCCUCUGUACUUGUCCGAGAUGAAGGCUCUCGUCAUUGAGAAGCAGAUUCGUCCGCCAUCCGACUCAAAUAUCAAUGCAACAAAUGGGAACAACGAGAAGGAAAGAACUACGGUACAAGAAGCAUAUUUGCAAGCAAUUUCCGACAUGUUGUGCAUGUUCAGGGAAACUCGUCAUUACACUAUCACGACUACAUUGCGUCAUCAAUUUGCCAUUCUGCAACUUUCCAGCACGGAGCAAGACCACGAACAUCAUCACCAAGUCACAAGCUCGCGAAGUUCAGCCUCCGCCAACGCACAUCGGGAGCAAACGCAGAGUUUUAGCUCCACACGAACGAAGAAGAGGGAGUAUGAGGCAGCUACAGGUGGCAUGAUGCACCCCGAUCACAUCGAUCACAUCGAGGUGUUGCUCGCGGAGACAGAGAGCACGAAGGAGGAGCUGAAUCGCGUCACAGUGAUCGCACUGGAGGAAAUGGAGCUGUAUGUUGAGAAGAUGCUGCAGCUGCUGCUCGUGCUGCGGCAGGUGAAAGUAUUGAUGGACCGUGAGAAACAGGUCCUGGAGAUUGUGCGUUCCACCCUGACAAACGGCAGGAUAUUCCAUAGCGUAUGAGAUGACACUACCUAGGCGGUGCCCAAGCUUUGCUAACUAGCACUGGCGUGCAAGUCUGCUUUCUUUUAAUUAUUUUCCUCAUUAAACCGAACAUGCUUCAAUUUCUAUAUCGUGAAGUUCAGCAUA